AGAAUUUAUACGUAAAAAGUUACCAUUUAAAAUUGUCCACCGUGUCGCUAAUGACAAUAUAAAUGAUUUUCUUGGCGGGUGGAUGGACAACAGAGUAAGAGCUCUAAUUUUUGAACCACGCAGUUUGAUUAGGCUCCGAUAUCUACUAACCGCCUUUGAAUUCUACGACCGCGUCACUUUUGGAUUUGUUAAUAUGAAUAGUACGCGAUCAAGUAACAUAAUUGCUCGCUUGAAAGUGAACACGAGCUUGGACACUAUUCUUUUAUUUAAUGAAGACUCAAGAAGCUACACAGCAAGUAUUUGUAUGCCGGACAUCCCUAUUCGCACACUAAUAGAUGUGGUUUCUACCAAUCAAUUCUUGGUUUUACCUAGACUAUCAUCACAGGCCAUGUUAGAAAGUGUUUGCCCAACUGAAUGGAACCGUCCAAGGAAACGUUUGUGUGUGAUUCUUAUAACUGAUAAGAAUAAAAAAAACGAUUUUGCUAGAGUCGCCUUUAGAGAUAUUGCUUUGAAUAGUCGAUAUAGUACAACAAGAGUUCGUUUUGCUUAUAUGUUUAAGGAAAGCCAAACAGAUUUUGUUCAAGCAAUUUCCAAAGGAUCCAUGGAGAAAAGUCUUCUAAAAAUUGUCAUUAUUUGGCGACGAGAUGCUAAUCUUAUAAAAUACGAAUGGGUCUGUGGAGCAUAUCAGAAUACCAAUAUUGUACCUGAAAGUCUUAUCAAUUCGACUAAAAUCGAAAUUUUCGACACCGUGAAACGGCUUUUAAAAUCUUCAGAAGCCUUAAAUUAUGAAGCCUUUGUGCAGAAAUUAAUUAAUGAGCACUCUCAAGGAAUUUUAACAAAAUGGAUUUCCCGAUUCUUAUAUUUAGUGGAUUACCUAUUUGACAAUAUCGAAGAAGAGACUCUUCUUGCAGCAUUUUCGCUAUUGGGUACAAUCGGACUUAUGUUUGCCAUUGGAUAUACAUUAAUGUACUUUGUAAGGGCUGAAGAGGAAAAUCUUAAGGCACAAGGUCAUAUUACUGAAAGUCGAGACCAUUACAAUAAUAAUCUCAUCCCGGAACUAAGGCUAUACGAACUAAGAGCAGAAAAAUAUAACGGAAUGGUGCGCCUAUUAAAACCAGGAUGUAGAACAUUACUGCUCAUUACCGAUUUUCAAAGUAGGAAUAAACUUAUUCCAUAUUUUCACAAGGCUGUUUGGCCAUACAGAAAAUCCAAGACACUGCUGUUUGGUCACAUGGCAAUUGAAAAAGGACUGCCGUGGUUUGCCGAAAUUAUUCGUUUAUCUUUGUGUACAAAUCGAAAUUUGCAAGUCAAUCCAAGAAACUGUGUUGGUACUGUGCUGGCAUUAAAUGGUCAUCGAAAAUACUUUUGCAUGUACCAUGCAAAGCAUCCAGAGUCGGUUCGUGGAGCUAAGAGAAUCUUAAAAAUAACAAAUGUUCUUUUGGACACAAUGGAGGAUCCUGAGGUCGGAACUUUUCUUGAAAAAUGUAACUCUGAAGAGUCUGAGGCAGAAGCAAAUAUUCUUUUGGAAGAUAAUUUACUUAAUAGCCUGGAUGAUUGGCUUGUUAGAUUGUUUGAUGGGAGAACACAAAAAUACUAUAUAAACUAUUGGCCGGACUUUUCAACAAAGUGAUAACUAAGAAGUGCUAAUGUAAAACUAAAAAAAAAAUCAAGCAUAUGUAAACCCUUAUAAAUAAUCUGGCCUGUCUAACGUUUGAAUUCUGUUACCUAAUAUCACUGCAUAAUAAAUAAAACUUUAAACAUUUGCUUUAAAUAAAGUUAUUUAAACAAUGCCCUUU